AUGAAGAAUUUUCCUCUUGAUACUGAACUCUGGCUUACAAUCGUGAAUGACAUUGAGGUCUCUUCACUGGUGUAUGAGGGGUCCUAUAUUGUUUAUGAAGUUCUUAAUAAGCAAAAAGACCGCGUCGUGCGGUCUGGCAUCGUUAAGUCUGUUAAGGAUAAUGUUGUGACUAUUAUCCGGCCUUACCCAACGCAAAAAACACCCACGGUAUAUGAAGAAAAAGAACGAUUAUCGAAUGCAGGCUCACACUAUCUAGAAUUAUCGACGACUUCACUUUCUUCAAUACACCAGCACCUUCAGAAGGUCGAGACUGCUCAAGAGAGUGUCUCAAAAAUAUUGGACUCACAUAUAAACGAGAUUGCUGGAUACUCCUCUCCGCCAAAUCUUGUUUGUGUUGUGUUUCAAACUGUGAUCGAUAUUAUGCGCAUUCCUAUGAGUGAUAUUUCAUGGAAAUCUAUCCAAAGUUUUCUGCGACAGGGAGGAUUUAUUCAGCGCAUGACCUUGUUUGAUGCAAGCAGCUUGUCUCAACAGGAACGCGCAGAUGUGAUUCAACGGUUUGAUAGUUCUGAAAUACUAAAAAGUGAGUCAAUUUCAAAAGUCCCACAUGUGGUUACGCCACUUUUAGAGUGGAUAUGGGCCCAAAUCGAACUCUUGAAAUCCUUGAGAUGUCAAGAAGAUUCUUGGGAUGAGGUUAGCAUGUUCAGUUGUCGCUCACAUUGGAGCGAUUUCACCACUGAUACUCAUGGGGACAGUUCUGGUCAGCCCCAAAGAGCAGUUUCCCAUUUUCUCAAACCUGAAUCUUAUAUUGAAGAAACACUCCUUCGUAGUUCCAUUUUAAACGUUUAUUCGUGUGAACCUCCCGAUAAUGAUCCUGUCACAGUCCUUUCAGAAAAACUCUGGAGGCCUGAGCUGAUGAAGUGCCUUCAAAAACGCUUAGUAGAAAUUGCAACUACGCAUGCGUUAUUCCAUAAAAAUUUAAUGUCUUGCAGCACACAAGAGACUCUGCAACAUGGAAUUCUAUCUGAAAAUCCCGCUAAAUCGAAGCACGACCUUAGUGAGUUUGACGAUAAAUUAUCGAUGCACAAAUCAGAAAACUAUAUGCUUGCUGAAGAGAAAUCGAAGGGAGCAUCUUUUUCCAAAAAUAAAGGUCUUCAAAACAAAAUCGAACAAAUUCGAGUCUUGCACGACAAAAAUAAAUCGUUGAUAAAAAGUCAUUUUCUCUUUAUCUUCCAGGACAAUGAAUGCAUGGCUCGAAUGAAUAAUAUACCGGAUGAAUUGCAAAAGGCGUUUGCGUGUGAGGUAGCGCAAUGUUGCGGUGUGCCUCUCGAACAUGUUGUUGAUGUGGUUUUUGCAGUUGGCGCUCUUCGAGUUGAUUUGAAUAUCCUGCAUUCAGCGGUGCUAAGUGCCGACGCUCUGUGUGCGAGAUUGCACGCACAUAGGCUAAGUAUUCUGCGUCUUUUUGAUGUAAAUUUUGGAGGGCCCCUAAAGAGGAUUUUCGAGGGGAAAGAAUAUACAUGUGAAUUACAGACAAGCACUGCACAGCCAAACACGGUGACACAGAUUGAAUCCUUGCAUGACGACUCUACAGAGUGUGAGGGUGACACUUUUCUUACGCAACGAGAAGGUUUCAAAAGGGAGAUGGAUCAAUUUCUAGCAAAUAGGACACUCAUUGAACGUGAGCAGGUCGGUAAAGUAGUGGAUCCUUUCGAUGCAGCUGAUUGUGUAGUAAACGAACUGCCGACAACUUCGGAUUAUCACCUAGACCAAAAAGAAGCAUUACUCGAAACUGCAGGACUAGAGAAUGCCGUUGGGGCCAAGGAAGAGUCAGCUUUAGCUGCAUUUGCAGAGUAUCAGCUUCAAUCCACAGCCCUUACGAGUGAAAAUAUAAUAUUGCGCGAAAGAAUCUCGGAGCAAAGGGAAGUAAUUGUACAGCUCAGGGAUAGAAUUGAUCAACUCAAUAAUGAACUUCACGAAUUAAGGAGUAAGUUAGGGAGUUUUCAUAAAAGCAUAUCCAUUGAAACGAUUACCUCACCGAGGAAGCAAGAGACAUUUGGAUUCGUUAUUGCGGAUGAUACGGCAAAGACUCAGUCUCUACAGGCAGAUCUGUUACACUCAAGUCUUGUUAAUAGUGUUCAACUGGGGAUACAACAAAAUGAUGCGAAUAUGGCUAAGAAUUUUUCUAGUGCUAAUGAAAGUCUCGUUGAUUUGAGUGCUGAUCCCGAAGUUGUAAGUCAAAUAUUCUUUCAACAACAAAUGGAACUCCGAAACUUGUCUAAGAUUAGCAAGUCUGUUAAAGGUCCAAACGAUGGGGUUCCAAAAUCCAUUAAAAAAAGAUGCAACAUCAAUUCGUCUCAAAGCGAAAGGAUAGCUCACGAGGAUGAGGAGGCACCACGACAGACAUUUGCUUUAGCUAGUAUGAAUAAUCUUGAAACUGUCUACAGUCUUUCACGUAAACCAGAAGCUUUGCAUAAGCCAUGUUAUGAGGAGGCUGAGAUUUCAGUUAUACAUGAUACGAGGAGGGUGCGUUCACUUGCAGCUCCGCACGGUUUGCUGAAGGGAGGCACUCCAUUAGGCACAAAUGAUGAAACUUCAACAUUCUGCUUAGACCAUUCCGUUAGUUCGAGUGAUGCUGCUUUGCAGUUUGGUGGACGUUCAUGCGAGGCCUCAUCUUCCAAGACUGAGUGCCGAAUGUGUGCACAAUUGAAGCAAAGCGUGUUACAGUAUAAACACUAUUGUCAUCGGAUUGAGUGGUGUUACACUGAGAGUAAAAAGUUGAACGAUACGCUUUUAGAGCAAGUGGGUUUACUUAGGAGAUUCUAG